AAUGGGUCUGGCCGGGCCGUCCUCGGCUGGCCGGACCCCUGCAGCUGGAGCGCCGCCAUGAUGCACCGCGACAUGCCGCAGCCCAACCCACCGGCUCCUCGAGUCCGACUGCUCACGGCCAGCACGCACACCCGACACACCGCGUCACAAUGGCUCCGCGGCGCAUCGAGCAGCAGGAGAUUGAAAAGUACUGGGAAAUCUUCAGCACGCUCUCGCAGGGCUCGACGCACCUCGACGGGGUGCAGGCCGCUCCCGUGCUCAAGAACAGCCACCUCCGCGAUGACCAGCUCGAGCGCGUGUGGGACCUGGCGGACGUGGACAACGAUGGCAAGCUCGACUUUGAGGAGUUCUGCGUCGCCAUGCGCCUCAUCUUCGACCUGAUCAACGGGGAGACGGCCGACGUGCCGCAGACCCUCCCCGACUGGCUCGUCCCCGAGUCCAAAGCCCACCUCGUGCAGGCGACGCGCGCAAUGGCCGGCGGCCUGCCCGCCUUCGAGACGGUCGACGACGACGACGACACGCCCGGCCUGCGCGACGGCUUCGACUGGUACAUGUCGCCCGCCGACAAGGCCAAGUACGAGGAAAUCUACACGGCGAACCGCGACGCCCACGGCAACGUCGCCUUCUCCACGCUGCAGCCGCUCUUCGACUCCCUCGACGGCGUGCCCGACUCCGACGUGCGCUUCGCCUGGAACCUGGUGAACCCCAAGGCGCGGGGCGACAUCGGCAAGGACGCGACCCUGGCGUUUCUGCACAUCUUGAACCAGCGGAGCGAGGGGUUCCGCGUCCCGCGGAGCGUGCCGCCCAGCCUGAGAGCGAGCUUCGAGAAGGCGAACAUCGACUACGACGUCGAGCGGACGGGCAGCCGGUGGGCCGAGCGCGGCGGCGACGACACAGCGACGGGCAAGAAGGCCAAGUUCGGCGACGCCUACCUCACGCGCCUGGGCGUCGGCGACCGCGCGCACAACUACGGCGCGCGCGCACGCGGCACAGACCACGGCGGGCGCACGACCGAGGACUGGGAGGAAGUCCGGCUCAAGAAGCAGCUCAAGGAGCUCGAGGACAAGAUUGCGGCCGUGGAAAAGGACGCCGAGGGCCGCCGCCAUGGCCGCCGCGGCGACAGCACCCCCGCCCUGGUGAAGCGCGAGCUGGAGAUGCUGCUCGACUACAAGCGGGGCGUGCUGCGGGACCUGGACAGCGGGGAUGGCGGCGCCGUCAAGGGGCUGGGCGGCAUCAGGGACGAGAUUGACACGGUCAAGGAGCAGGUGGAGGGGCUGCAGAGCCAUCUCGAGCGGAGGAACGGGGUGCUUGCGGAUUUGCGGAGGCAGAUUGACGACGAGAAGGCGGCGAGGUGAGAGGGGUGCGGCUACAAGCUAGAAUACCCAACGACUGUUGAAUCCAUCCCUCCAUCCAACCUCCCCUUCCACGGGCAUGCACUC